ACUUCUGAACUUGAGCUGAGGUGAUCUAUGCCAUCCGCUUACAGAGCUUACGGAAAUAAAUAGACACUUCGGACUCUCUUGAGCAGCUGAAAGGAGAAACAUUACCCUGAGAAUGAAGCAGUAAAACACUUCUCUGCAGAACCGUAUGAUUGAAAACACGGUCCAGCCCUCCUCUGCUGCCAGACAUGCUUUUGUCCUCCUGCCCUGCUCACCCUCUGUUGCAGUAAGACAGAUGGAUUGUAGUAGAGAGGCAGAAAUGGAGUUGCGGAGAUCCUCCAGCCCAGGCAAACUAGGCAAGAAUGACAUGGAUACUGACAAGACCACGUGCCACAGCUGCUGCAUCUGCGGUAAAAGUUUCCCUUUUCAGAGCUCCUUGUCGCAGCACAUGAGGAAGCACACGGGUGAGAAGCCCUACAAAUGCCCUUACUGUGAUCACAGAGCUUCCCAAAAGGGCAACCUGAAGAUCCACAUCCGUAGUCACAGAACAGGCACUUUAAGUCAGGGGCAUGAGACGGAGAUGGGAGAGGCGCAGCUGGGGGAAAUGGGUGUGUCAGAGGGCCUCGGUGGGUGCACCAGCCCCACUAAAAGUACUUCUGCCUGCAACAAGAUCUUGAAUGGUACUGCUCAGGUAGAUAGCAGCAAGAUCUUGUUGAGAAGCAGCAAGAAGGAGGUGAUGGAGGUGGUGCCAGCUGAGGAGGAUGGCAAGCUGAGCUCUUACCAGUGCACCUUCUGCAAAAACAAAUUUGAAAGGAAGAAGGACCUGGAGCAGCACCUGCACCAGGUCCACAAACCAUUCAAGUGCAGGUUGUGUAACUACAUGACCCUGAGGGAGGAGACGCUGUUAAACCACAUAGAGAAGGACCACAUAACAGCUCAGGUUCCAAAUGGGGAGGCCUAUACUGAGAACUGCAAGAGCGAGCUGAGUGCGGGCGAGUUUCCAUGCGAAGUCUGUGGUCAGGCCUUUAGUCAAACCUGGUUCCUGAAAGCUCAUAUGAAAAAGCACAGGGGGUCAUUUGAUCAUGGGUGCCACAUUUGUGGCAGGAGAUUCAAAGAGCCCUGGUUUCUCAAAAACCACAUGAAGUCGCAUGGCCCCAAGACUGGGAGCAAAAACAAACCAAAAAAUGAUUUGGAGCUCAUAGCCACUAUCAACAAUGUGAUACAGGAGGAGACGAUUGUGACUGGCCUGUCUCUGUAUGAAGUUUGCACCAAGUGUGGAAAUCUGUUUACAAAUAUGGAAAGUCUGAAAGCACAUAACGCUGUUCACUACCGAGUGCAGCGGGGCAGUGCUGGGGAUAAAGCUGAGGGCUUAAUUGAUGGGAGCCUAAGCUCCUCCAUAACAAAGCAGUUUUUCUUGCAGUGUCUCAAUCUAAGGCCAUCUGUAGGGCUGGAUAUAGUUACAAGAGGACAGCCUGGGAAAAGAGUAGCUGAGCUGGAUCCAGUCAGUAGCUACCAAGCUUGGCAGCUGGCCACCAAAGGAAAAGUAGUAGAACCCUCAGAGUAUGUGAAAUAUGUGGGAUGGGACGAGGCCCUGGCAGAUGCGGACGUGACUUACGACAAGGAUAAGAGAGAGUAUAUACUCGUCAACCAGGAGAAGCGCAAGCGAGACCAGGACUUGCCCAGCUCUUCCAGCAACCCCAAGAAGAAGAGCUGCACCGGUGGGCGCCCAGAGAAAACUAGCGGCACCCCACUGGGGGAGAGCUGUACACUCACCCAGGGGGACCUGGACUACCGCCCUGCCUCACGGCAGAGCCGACGGGCCACCCAGAACAAGUCCACCGAGUGCUUUGAGUGUGGGAAGAUCUUCCGCACCUACCACCAAAUGGUGCUUCACUCCCGGGUGCACCGCAAGGAGCGGAGGAGCUGCGGCGAGGGCGGGACAGCCACCCAGCCUGACCGCUAUGGCUCCAGCAGCGAGGAGGGGGACUCGGGGUCUGUCAGUGGGCCCAGCACCCCUGGCUCUGCAUCAGCCCCGGAAGACUCGGCCACCUCCGGCCUAGGGGAGGAGGGGGCUGAGGAGAGCUCAGAGGAAGGAGCAACCAACCCCUCACUAGGUGAAAAGCCAUACCACUGCAACUUUUCUGAAGAGGAAACCCCAAUGGUGACUUCUGAGUUGGAUGAGCUCCCAAAGCUGGGAAGCCACAACACCAGAGAAAAUGAAGCCAGGGAAUCUAAACCAGAGAUUCCUGCCCUGGUGUCAGCACUGGAGAGUGUUAUCAAGGAGCCCUUUUUGAAAUACCAAGAUCUAAAAGCUUCUGCAGACAUAAAGAUGCCAGCAUUUCACCACAGCCAAGGGCUUCCUUGCUCUAGUCGCAUUGCUAGCUUUGCUUCGGGUAUGGGCCAGACAUCUCCAAAUGUGGUCAUGGACUUGAAAACGUCACUUGAAGUGCAGGCUAGUCGUGCUAGAGAAAAUUUGCUAGACUUGCACAGGGAGUAUCCUCUGAUAGAAAAAGGUGCUGAAGUUCAAGAGGUAGCUCCACUUGAUUUGAGUGAAAAAUCAACAAGGGAUAGUUCAUGCAAUAAAAAUCUGAAUGCAUCCUUGCAGGCUGCUUUAAUUAUCUACCCAUGUCCUUUCUGCAGUCACAAGACCUACUACCCUGAAGUCCUGUGGAUGCACAAAAGAAUUUUGCACAAAAUCAGCUGUAACUCCAUGGUCCCCCCUUGGGUUCAACAGAAUGGAUUCAAGAGUAUUAAAAACAACCUGGUCUUUCUGGCAAGGAGUGGGCGUACUGGCCCCCCCCCUGUUCUCGGCGGUAAGGAGUGCCAGCCUUUGCCCAUUGCCAGAUUUACGCGCACUCAAGUGCCAAGUACAUUGCCAGGGUCCAAAAGCAGCUCUCUUUCCGUUGGGAUGACUGCAAAGUCUGGGAGCAUGCAUCAGGCAAAGGACAGUCAUGCCUUCAGCCACUGUGGUCCACGCUUAUCAGGUCUGGAUGGGUACAGACAGCCCAAGUUAAACCAUUCCCAGGAGCAAUACAGCAUAGCAGCACAACAAAAAAGUAAAUAUGAAGCAAAUUCCAAACUUACGCAAAUGGGAGCCUAUAGCAGAAGCGUAACGCCUACUCAGCCGGUCAUAUCCAGACCUAGCACUCAGCCCACCAACAGUAAACAAGUGGAUAAGUAUGUGGCUCCCCAAGGAAGUAAUAGCUUUGCCCCUCCAGGUAAGCACUGUGCGUCCGACCCCAUGAAGGCCAAAUUCAGCCCGCCGCUGCAGUAUCAUCCUCUGUGUAAAAGCGAGCAGUACACUAAACAUGAAGAGCCAUCAGUGCCUCAGCGGGAGUCUCACGUGAAAGCUGGGAAUGAGGUGAGGACAUUGGCAAACUGCACAGCGGUAGCACGAGCAAGUCCACUACUGCAGCCCCAGCCUAGUGCCGUGGGGGUUUCUCCAGCUUUACACUCCAGCAAACAGGAUUUGGGAUCAGAUGGGCAUGAGAAACGUUUGGACGUUUUAAAUAUCUUUAAAACAUACAUUCCAAAGGACCUUGCUUCAUUGUACCAAACGUGCGGUGCCAACAGCCCUGUCCUGGAUCACGCAGGGAUGCUCAGGACACAAACACGCCAAGGAGACUGCGUCUGCAGAGAAUGUGGAAAAUGCUUUACCCAACCCAGUCACCUCAGGACUCAUCAGAGGUCCCACACAGGGGAGAGACCACGGCAGUGCGGAGGUCGCCCACACGCUGCCUCUCCGGAAGGGAACCUAGAGCCCCGGCGGAGGAGCCCCCAUGCCCGUGGCCUCGGCCCCGACCCCGACGGGCAGCGCCAACAGCCCCCCGUGCAGCCGCCCCGUGCCCUGGCGGCUGCAGAGCAGCCUCCCUGCCAGCCAUCACCUCGCUUGGAGCUGCUGCGCAAGACUGAAACCAGUGCUCUGCGAGGAGGGGGGUGCCUCUGCGCUGUUAAUCAUUUUAAAAUAAAUGAAGAUGCUACACAAGAUAUAUAUAAAUUGACGUACUAAUCAGUCCCAUGGUUCCUUAUUUCCUUUAUAAUAAACAGUGGAGUUGGCAAGCACUGGCAGCACAAGGCAUCUAUAUUAAUCAAGAGAAGUUUGAGACACUGGAAAAAUUAAACUUUAUGUGAUUUGGACAGCAUGAAGAAGUUAAGCACUGUAACAAAAACCUCCCUGAUGCUCACAAUGACUAUUUGAUACAUUUGAAAAACAGCAGUGGAUUCGACGGCUGGAGAAGUAUUAAUUAAUGAAACUGCCACUGCCUGUCAUGCUGAAAAGCAAAUUAAAAAAAACCCAAAACAAAAUAACAAAACACAGAGAGGAAGAAUGGAGGGUGCAGGGAAAAGGUGGCAUUCGGUGCUGAGAAAGCAAUGCUUGAUGAAGGAUUAAAGGGACUAAAGAGAAAGACCGUCAUUCUGCAAUGGUUUGUUUCAUUACAGUUUGGGGACCACUUGCAUUUCUAGUGCUCUUGCUCUUGACUGCGCACCAUUAAUAGUAUGUGAAUAUGGAAAUUGAAACACUUCCAGAGAAAAGCUUCUAUUCUGCUUUGGAAAAGAAAAGCUCGUCGAACACUAAGAAAAAAGAACAGGCUUCUGGUUUUACUCUCAGGACCUUUUUUUGUAACAGGGCUAAUUUCUUUGACCUGAUCACAAAGGAAGUCUUCACAUUUAAAAAAAAAUAUAUAUAUAAAAAAAUGCUCAGCUGUCUAACGCCACUGAUCUGUAUGUUCAGAAGAGAAAAGGUGUCACUGAACAAGUUCAGGCAGCCCUGGGCCUGUAAGGUACUCUAUGCCUGCAUUUGGUUCAGCAGGCCAGCUACAGCUCCACUUUGGGUCUGGUGACGUUUUGGAAAGACGAGGAACUUCUUUUGUGGUGGCAGGUUAAUAUUCAUAUAAAUGUGUCAUGUCUUGUACUUGGUGAUCACUGGUGGUGUUAGGAAAAAAAAAAAAAAAAGCUUUAUAUACCUCUUCUACAGUAACUCUUUAACUGCAAGUUUUCAAGGCGGGGUUGUGGCACAUAACAGGUUGUUAAACCAUGCAGUGUAAGCAAUUAAAAAUGUAUUCCACAGAUAUAAAUAUUUUCUUUUCUUAUUGCUGUGACACUAUGUGUGAUGGUAAUAUUUCUGAGAGUUUCAGAUUUUGCACAUAUAAUUUUAUGCAUUAUCAAAAGUUACUGCUGCCUUGAAAGAAAAUGUUCUGUGAAAAUUUUUGCAAAAGCUUUACUAGGUUGUUUUUUUUUUAAUUGUAACAUUUUGUAAAGGCAGGAAAUGGAUUAAAAAGAAAACCUAGCAUGCUAAAUAUAUUUUUCAAAAAAAGCAAUAAUUUUACAUGUACAGAAAUGAUGCUAACCUUUAAUACAGGUGAGAGCAACAGUUUACUUCAUUACAAUAAUGGAAUAGUGCUGUUUUUAUAGAAAUGGGCUUCUGACACAAAGAUUUGUUUAAAAAAAAAAACAGCAGAAAAAAACCUUAAAGUGUGAACUUUCUGUUCUAACAGUUUUGGUGGGCGGGGGGUUGCUUUUU